UGAAGCAGUGCUGAAAACUUGCUUCUCAUUUUGCUCCUCAACUUUUUGAGCUGACCUUAACUGAAAUGGGCUUUUCAGAUCUCCUGGACAGCAUUGGAGGCCUUGGACGUUUCCAGUUUAUCAAUAUAACUUUACUCUUUUUUGCUGGAGUUUUAGUGGGCAGCCACCAGGUCCUUCAGAACUUUACAGCUGCUGUCCCAGAGCACCAUUGCAAGAUUCCCAACAUGACCAUCGUAUAUCAUAGGUGGAACGGGGCUUGGUCAAACCUGGAUAAUCAGACUCUCCUAAAAGCUUUUAUUCCACACGAUCAGAAUAACAAACCCGUCAGUUGUCUGCAGUUUAAAGAGCCACAGUGGCACCUCAUCUUUUCAAAUAGCAGCCUUACAAACACCACGGGUCUCAAGACUGAACUGUGCCGGCAUGGAUGGACCUACAAGAGGCAAGAGUUCACUGAGACAAUAGUGUCUGAGUGGGAUCUUGUUUGUGACAUGAAACAUUUGAGACACACAAGCCAGACUAUCUACAUGAUAGGGGUCCUCGUAGGGGCCAUCAUUCUAGGUAGCCUCUCUGACAAGUUUGGCCGAAGGACACUUCUGAUAUGGUCAUAUCUGCAGCUGGCAGUUGCUGGCACCUCUACAGCCUUCUCACCUUCCUACAGUGUCUACUGCUUUCUGCGUUUCUUGGCUGGCUUUGCUGUGUCUGGAGUUCUCCUUAAUUCUGUGUCUCUGAACUUAGAAUGGAUCCCCAUCAGAUCACGUACCAUUUUUGGUGCAGUCUUCACAGGCUGCUUCACCCUCGCCCAGAUUGUACUGGCAGGAACAGCAUUUGCGAUACAAGACUGGCGUAAACUUCAAAUUGCCCUCUCUGUGCCCAUCUUUGUUCCUUUCGUCUACAGCUGGUGGUUUCCAGAGUCGGCACGCUGGCUGGCUUUAAACAAGAAGCCCGACCAGGCAAUACAAAUCAUCAAGAAGGUAUCCAGAAUCAAUGGACGAGCCAAAGAGGGGGAAGCGAUCACAGCUGAGGUAUUACUGAUGCAUAUGCAGAAAGAGAUCCAGGUCAGUAAGAAAGCAUACACGGUUUAUGACCUCUUUGCUACUCCAAUGAUGAGGAAGAUUACAGUAAGCCUCAUGUUUAUUUGGUGUGCCACCAGCUUUUCCUAUUUUGGUCUCAUUAUGGAUCUUCAGAAGUUUACCUUGAGUGUCUGUCUGGUGCAGCUCAUAUUUGCCCUCAUUGAAAUCCCAUGUAAAACUGUCAGUUCUCUAAUGAUGAUGUUUCUUGGCCGACGUUUCACGCAAAAAUCUGUGCUGAUGGUCCCGGGUUGCCUGGUCCUGGUGAAUACUUUUCUUCCUAACGAGCUGCAAACAGUGAGAACUACUCUGGCAGUAAUUGCAAAAGGACUGUUUGCUUCCUGCUUCAAAUGUGUCUACAUGUAUACCAGUGAGCUCUAUCCCACUAUCAUCAGACAGACUGGAAUGGGCUUUGCCUCGACCCUGGCCCGUGUGGGUUCAAUGACGGCACCUUUAGUGAUGAUGCUUGAAGAUUACUUCUCUUACCUUCCUGGCCUCACAUACGGGCUCUUUCCUAUAAUUGCGGGCUGCUUUGUUUUCUUCUUGCCAGAGACGCUCAAUGUGCCACUGCCAGACACCAUUGAUGACGUGGAGGCACAACAGAAAAAAGAAAACUUGAAUGCAAAGACACAAAUAUUACCUGCUGAAAAUUUGACAGUGGCAGUUCUGUCUACUAAACUCUGAAGAUACGUCUAUUUUUGGUUGAAACCACACUCAGCAAGUCUUACAAAUGUAUUAAAUUACUAGAUGAAAAUGAGUUUAUGAAAGGAAAAAAACAAGUGAAUGUGAAGACUUGCUGCAUAUUGCUAUUAAAAAUUGGAAAUAGAAGAUACAGUAUAGUUAAAAGUAUUUUUCUUUACGGGUGUACUCUCUUGUUUGCUUACAUUGCAUGGAGGAAGGUGUUUCGCAG